AUGGCUAAUCGUCGCAUACCCAAGAGUGAAGAUUCGCUUAGCAAUUUACCCUCUACUGCAAGUUCUAACCAAAGUGGGUCGAAUGACUUUGUUAAGAAGUUAUUCCAGAUGUUACAGGAAGAUACGUACAAGGAUGUGGUCAAAUGGACAUCGAGCGGAGAUUCGUUUGUUGUGAUAAAUACCACCGAAUUCACCAAGGAAAUAUUACCCAGACAUUUCAAACACAGCAAUUUUGCUAGUUUCGUGAGGCAGUUGAACAAAUAUGACUUCCAUAAGGUGAAAAUACCCAACGAAGAAAAGCAAAGCUAUGAGUACGGGGAAGAUGCGUGGGAGUUUAAACAUCCUGAUUUUAGAAUCAACGAUCGCGAGUCUUUGGAGAACAUCAAACGUAAGAGUUCAAAGAAAUCAACGCAGAAUUAUAAUCCCAACGUGGCUAAUAGUGGGUCGAGUGUGGAUUCGUUCGGCUAUCAGAAUUUAAAAGAUGAGAUGGAUAACCUUAGACUGGAAAACAAAUCCUUGAAACAAGAUAUUAGUGUUUUGCAUACCAAAUAUAAAACUUUAGUUGAGAACAUUGUUUCAUUGAAGAGUUUCGAUGAGAAAUACUACAGAUCAAUGAGUGUAUUAAUCAAUUGUCUUGUUCAAGCAGGAAUCAAGAUGCCACCGUUGGACUUUCCAAAUCCAAAUGCAUUAUAUCCUCAAAAGCCCAAUGUUGCUGCUCAUCAACACUCACACUCACAUUCAAAUUCGAGUUCGUUGCCUCAACUAUCUCCACCUCUCUUAAGUCCAAAUGGAGGCACUGGACAACAAGGUGGGAUUGGUGUACCAUUAGGCAGUGGCUUGCCGGCUCAAAGAUUCGACCACAAUACAAUUUCCCAAGCUCACACUUUACAGCACCAAACACCGCUACAAACGAUACAUUCCCAGCCAAAUAAUCAACAAUCAACUAAGCAGACACCUCCUACUAAUGACAAUCUUAACUCUAAACCACAGUCGCCUCAUUUAAUGGGAGAGUCAACUAGUGGGUCUCCAUUAGUCGGCAAUCUGGGUUUAGAUGCAGCUAGCACAACUGCCCCAGUGAAUUCUCGAACAUCUUCUAUAUCAACAAAUCGUGUACCGCAACCGGCCAAUGGUGCAUCAACAGAUCAACCACAAGUAACAACAACCAAUUUGACCAAUCCAAAGUUUCACGUACUAUUGGUCGAGGAUGAUAAUGUUUGUAUUCAGCUAUGUCGUAAAUUUUUGGUCAAGUAUGGAUGCCAAGUGACAAUUGCCACCGAUGGAUUGAACGCUAUUUCCACAGUAGAACACACAAAGUAUGAUCUUGUUCUUAUGGAUAUUGUUAUGCCAAACUUGGAUGGUGCCACUGCUACGAGUGUAAUUAGAUCAUUUGAUACAAAAACUCCGAUAAUCGCAAUGACUGGUAAUAUUGAAGAUAAUGAUUUAGUGACAUAUUUGCAGAAUGGUAUGUCUGAUAUUUUGGCCAAGCCAUUUACUAAGGAUGACUUGUAUUCAAUCUUGAGCAAGCAUUUGUUAACGAGUACGGAUAGCGCAAGUGUCACUACUGAUGAACCCAGUGAAACAAUGAGCAGCUUACAAGGCCCUGCUCAGCAGACAUUAGUAUUGCCACAAGAAGUGCAACAGCAAGAUAGCAACGGAGAGCCUAUGCCAGAGCCACACAGUAAAAAACCACGACUAAUAUAG